GGGGUUCGUUGUCCAAGGCAAUUUCGAACUUAUUGAGAGUCAGCUGGUUUCGAGGGUCUUAAAGUGUUACUCCUAGUACGUCUUCUCCGUAUGCGGAUAGAAGGCGUGUUACAUGGCCACUUCACCCUCUGAGAUACUGUCUUCAACUACUUUCAACAGUUUUUUUGACAUGGCCGAAGUUCUUGGUAUAGUUGCCAGCGUCUCAGCACUUAUACAACUUGUGGAAUAUGGCAAAAAGUUCGCAAAGGCCUUGUACCUGUUCUCAGAACAGAGUGGCUCUCAACGGAAAGAAGUUCAGCGAUAUGCCUUCCAAGCACAGGACUUCUCAGAUUGUAUCAAUAUUACACAAUUCGCUCUCGAACAACAUUUCGACAAGUACACCGAGUCUCCUGUACUUCGGCACAUCCUAUCCCAAGGGAUACUCCGGCGUCUACUAAACUGGUCAGAAUUGAUAGAAUGGCGACUUAGGAAGGCAACCAAACAUGUCCGGACACGUCUUAGCGGUGGAAAUGCCGUAUUGAAUUUCUUCAAAUGGUGGUAUCAGAAGGAUUGUAUCCUGGAUCUAUUUCCAGAAAUGGAAUGUGUAAAAACUAGUCUCCUGCUGCUUAUGUCGACCACGCAACUCGAGGUUCUCAGCAUGGAGCGCAACGAUUCACACUCCGACAGCGAAAAGGUGAAGUCGAUUGAGGGGCACAUCAAGCGCAUGAAAAGGACCAUCAGAGAUCACCUUAAGUCAAUGGAAAGGUUGAAAGACCUAAUGGAAAGAGUCAAUCGACCCAUGCCAACGGAUCCUUUCGCACAUUGGACGCAGUCCACUAGCUCACUCUACGAAAGUCUGUACCCCUUGGGAAGAAGUAUGGUGAAGAAUGGGAGUGUCCCAAAGCCAAAAUCCGUCUCGAUUACGUCGUCAAAAUCAUCUACUAGGACUAAGGAGACCUACCAGUCAUCAUCAUCAGACAAAUCCAUGCCGUCAGUAUCUUCAGCUCCUACACGUCGAGCAGACUCCACAGCUGAGGCAUGCUUUUAUGAUCAAGAAGCCCUGUACAAAGAGGAGCGCCGCUUUCAACGUGAGAGAAUUUCAAGUGAUGGGUCAAGAUCGGCUAAGACUACGCCAUUAGUGCCAUCAGUACCGUCAGCCCCUACACGUGGUGUUGGCCAUGAAAGCAGUGCAAGUUUGAAAAUUCAGGAAGCUAGAUCCGUGAACGAAUCUCAUUCUAAGCGCCACCGAUCUGAGGUCCUGCCUAAGAGAAUAGUGGAAGUGAACACUGCAAAUUUUGAAAAAUCGAUUGUUCACUCACAGUUAUUGGACAAUGGUCAACCCUCUGGCAAACUUAUGACUGGUGUCGUCAAUACCACUCUCGAAGUCAACAUAAUCUCAAUUAUCGAAGCCAAAAGACUUGAAUUGGACGUGAUCUCCUGCGAAGAAGACAAGGAGAUUAGUUUCAAAUUUGACCAAGGCAAGAGUCAGCGAUGCAUCGGCAUGGUGUCUGUCGGUAUUCGCGACAAGGGCAUUUCACAACCGCACGCGACAUGCAGAAUGUACGUUCUAGCGGACUGCCAUCCUCGGCUUGUGUUUGGUAGAGAAUUCUAUGGGAAUGACGGAAUAUCGAAGCAAUAAGAAUGAAUUUUUACCUGAAGAAAACCGAUUUGAUUACCGAGUAAAUUGUCACUGAACUUGUUUUACUUUCUUCGAGUGUAUAGCAUAUCAACAAUGUAUUACUUUACAUCACUGCAAAUACCAAUGGUAAGACUUGCCUAUUUUGCUGCUGGGGAUAGGUAACACAAGAUGGUGAAAUGGCAAGGGCUAAGUUAGACCUUACAUGUCGGCACAUUCGGCCUUGACUAAGCACCUAAGUCAGGAAAAUGGCUUCAGUGAAAAUGUCUCUGUUUCCAGUCGCAUCGCAUGAAACCACCAACUACUUAGAAAC